AUGCAAUUUCAGUCGGCACUUGUUGGUGUUUUGUGUGCACUCCACUUACUCAACCAGGCACUCGCCUCUUCAACCCAACGGCCGAUCUACGCGAUCGCACACCGAGUCCUACGAAACGAAGCAGUAACCGCCGCCCUCUCUCAUGGUGCGAAUGCAUUAGAGAUUGACCUAACAGCCUGGUACUUCGACUGGUGGGCAGACCACGAUGGAAAGUUAUUCAGUGCAGGUGCUACAGCACGCGACCUCUUCCGAUUCAUCGCGCAAAAACAGUGGACAAAAAACUACAAUAUUUCCUUCGUAUGGCUGGAUAUAAAAAACCCCGACUUUUGUCGAAGAAACCGACCCUGUUCCAUUGAAGCCUUGCGGGAUUUAGCUCGAGAGAUUCUCGAGCCAGCUGGUAUACGGGUACUCUAUGGCUUUUUCGAAACAGCUGAGAGUCGCGGGUUCAAGGUGAUCAGGGACGGUCUGAACGCAAACGAAGCGGUAGUUUUGAGUGGCGAGACGAGUACUAUCUUGCACUUGUACAGUAACACGGGGAGUGGUAUAGCAGUCAAGCAGAUGGCUAUGGAUUUUGGUGAUUCGUGGCUUGGAAAAGGAGUCGACAUUUACCCACAGCUUCGGUAUGGAAGUUGGCAGCGUGACAAAGGGAAACUUGGGAAGGUCUUCAGCUGGACUAGUGCCGAGGGCGAUGCGAGAUGUGGCCCAAAGGUUGCUCUGAAGGAUAUUGUCGACUUCGUUGAGAGUCAUUCGGGUACUCACCGCAUGGCUACAGAAGAUGAUGCGCCUUGGUAG